AUGAACUCUGCAGCUUACGCUGCCCCAUUCGCCCAGGUGCAGGGCGGCAACGGUGGUAACGGCAAUACUGCUGCCGCCACGACUGGUCAACAGACUACGAACCAGGGCGGCAAUCAGCAACAACAGCAACAAGGAGCGCAGACCGGAAACCAGCAACAGCAAGGCACCACCAAUGCCCCGACUGGACUUGGCGCUGGUAUCCAAAAUGGACAAACUCCCACUGCGAACGACCUCGCUACUGCGGUCUCCAAUUGGAUGGCCGAUACCUCGAUGGUUUCUAACUUCCUCAACACUGGAGCUAGCAUCCAGAACAACGUUCAGUUCAAGCAGGCUGCCACCGUAGCCUUCAACGCCGAGGUCGAUGAGCUCAACCACAAGGCCAUCAUUGACGCUGCUAAUGGCGCGGACCCCAAUGUCAUUGCUGCCAACAGCACCCUCGCCACUGGCGGUUCUUUCCAGGAUGUCGUCGACAAGCUUCAGCAGAUGUCUGUUCAGGGAAUGGCUGCCGCUGGUAACAUCGACUUGAUCAACCAGAACCGCUGCGUUAACGUCCUCCCCAACAUUGAUGCCUACAUGGCCUCUACUGGAUCUACCUCGCAGGCAGUUCGUCCCACUGUCUGCGACCAGACUGGCGUUGCUGGUGGUGUCCAGGGGACUGGCCCCACUCAGCCUGGUGCGCCAGCAGGUAGCCCCGCCGCUGCAUUUGCCGCUGGUCAGGCUCUUGCUCAAGGAACUGGCAAUGGCCAAGUCCAGAAUACCGGAACAGCUGGUGGUGCUGCCGCCGGCAAUACUGGCACCGCUACGAACAACGGACAAGCGCCUCAGCAAGGCGCCGGCAUCUCCCCUACCAACGGACAAGCACCCCAGGGAACUACAGGUGUUCAAGCUCCCCAGCAGGGGGCUCAAGGUGCCGCUGGACAGCAGGUUCCACAACAAGGUCAACAAGCCGGACAACAAACGGGACAGCAGCAGGGACAGCAGCAAGGACAGCAAAAUGGACAACAGGCAACACCAAAUGGCGGUAACCAGAACAAUGGCAACCAACAGCAGGGAACCAAGGGUGCGGCUGCAGGACAGCAGUCUCAAGGUCAGACGCAAAACGGCGGUUCCCAGCAACAGGCAGGCAACGGUGCGGCUGCUGGCCAAGCAUCUCAGGGUCAGACCCAGGCCGGAGGUAACCAGCCCCAACAGGCAGGUAAUGGUGCUGGACAACAGUCUCAGGGCGGCAACGGUGGCAACAACAACAACAACAACAACAACAACAACUGA